AUUUAGUUUGAUCUGUUUUUAAAUUUUAAACAAAAUGGCAUGGAUCAAACAAUUUAUUUAUUAUUUUGUUAUACGGAUAUUUUUUAUCAUUUAUGUUUCUUGCGACGAACAUGAACAUAGACUCACAAAACAUCUCCUAGAUAAUUACGAUGCUGGUGUCAGACCGGCGAAAAAUUCAACACAACCAUUAGUAGUUAUUUUUGGGCUUUCACUUCAUCAUAUUAUUGAUGUGGACGAGAAGAAUCAAAUUUUAACAACAAACUGCUGGGUAACUCAAACUUGGACCGAUUAUCAUUUGCGGUGGAAUGCUUCCGAUUUUGCUGGGAUCCAAGUAAUCCGUGUUCCUUAUAAUCGAGUUUGGAGACCUGAUACUAUACUUUAUAAUAACGCGGAUCCCCAAUAUAGUUCUGCAGUAAUAAAUACAAAUGUAAUUGUAAGUUCUACGGGGCAAGUUGUAUGGUUAAGUCAUGGAAUAUUCCGAAGUAGUUGCAAUAUUGAUGUUGAAUUUUUUCCAUUUGACGAGCAGAAAUGUGUUUUAAAAUGGGCAUCGUGGACUUAUGAUGGCUAUCAGGUAGAGUUAGAAAGUCAAAGCGAACAAGGUGACAUUAGUAAUUAUCAAGCAAAUGGAGAAUUCGAUCUUGUAAACUUCACAGCUCAAAGAAAUGAAGAAUUUUAUUCAUGUUGCCCCGAACCAUAUCCCGAUAUCACUUACGAAAUACGUUUAAGACGACGUCCCAUGUUUUAUGUGUUCAAUCUCAUUUUACCAUGCAUAUUAAUAAAUGGAAUCGCUCUUUUAGUAUUUUACGUACCCUCUGAGUCGGGUGAAAAAGUGACUUUAGGAAUAUCAGCACUUUUAUCAAUGACUGUUUUCCUUAUGACCAUUAGAGAGACACUUCCGCCCACUGAAAAAACUCCUUUAAUAAGUCUUUACUAUGGAGUGAGUAUUUGCUUAGUGUCAUUCGCAAGUGGAUUAGCCGUUGUAACAUUGAACUUUCAUCACCGUGGUGUACGCGGCUCAAAAGUAUCACCACUAAUUAAAUCAGUUAUUCUUGAAAAAUUAGCUAGAUUAGUUUUUCUUAAAUUUUCUGAGGUUCCUCUGAUACAGAAUCAGAAUACUUCACAUUUAAAUGAAUAUGAAGAUUCUACAGAAUUUACAUUAAGACAGAAUACAUGUCCACUACAUUAUCCAACAGAUGGACGACAAUCACCGAAAUUUAAUAACAGUCAUGAUAGCAGUCCUAGUUUAGAUUCUAUAAGAGAAGAAAAUAUUGAGUGGUAUUGGUCACAAAUUUUACGCAAAGUUCACUCAACUAUUGAAAAAAACGAGCGACGACUGAAUGAACAAGAUCACCGAGAACAAACAGAACUAGAGUGGAAACAAAUAGCUCUUGUUAGUGAUCGUGUGCUGCUGUGUAUUUUCUUUUUAACGACUGCCAUUAGCACUGCGAUCAUACUUUCCGGAUCACCGCCAACUGAAGCAGCUAUAAAAGGUUGAAAUGUUGCGCAGAUUUAUGGCGAAAAUUAUUAAGUUUCUUUUUGUAUAUAUUAAAAUAUUAAGUUG